ACUCGCCUCUUACCCACUACUACUUCACACUCCACCCACGCCGAGGAACUCAAACCCAAACCCCCAAAUCCAAAUCUCCUCGCCCAUCACCAACACGACCAGCGCCCACACGCACGAGCCAUCGAUCGCUUCAACUCUCCUAGGAUCAGAGUUUGAGUUCGGAACAAAGAGCAUGAGCAUGACUGUCCCCGGCGGCGCCGCGCUGAACCUUCAACAGUAUCAGGCCCAGCUACAGGCGAACCAGGCUGCUCUGGGUCAGCAGCUGCUAAUCCCGCCACAGCGUCCCACCCAGCAGCAGCUCCAGCUCCAGCAGCAGCACCAACACAGCCAGGCGGCGCCGUCGCAUCAGCAGCAGUCCACGUCCCUCUCGAUCGCGACGCAGCAGCAGCAGCAAUUGAUGAACAAGGCGAUGGAGAAACAGAACGAACUGCAGCUCGAUAAACAACGCGUCACCCUACUGCUCGAGAUCAAUGCCGAGUUGCUGCGCGAAGUGCUGAAUGUCCAGCCCAAGUUGAAGUCGCCGGAGGAGGCUAAAAAUGAUCCCGUCUUCAGAGAAUGUAUGCGACGCCUGCAGAACAACCUUGCCUACCUCGCCGCGAUCGCGGAUAGAUCACACAAGCCCGCCGCGCUAAUACCAGUCUGCCCCGGUGUGCUACUGCCGCCCCCGGAUAUUCCUGGGCUGGACGGACUCUACAAAAGACUACAGGAACUGUACCCGGGCAUCAAUCCCGCGAACCCGCCGCAGCAACACCAGAACGCGCAGAUCGGUCCGCCGCGGUCAGGUCAGAAUUCUUCGCCGAAGCCUCAGGGACAGAUAGGUGCGCCACUGAAUUCAAUGCCUCCGCCGAGCCAUGGCACUCCUCCACGAGAGAACCACCACUUGUCGUCACCGCCACCGCCGCAGAUGCUAUCGCAUCAGCAUCACUCGCCGCCACCGCCGGUGAUGGUGGGGAUGCCGCUACCGCAACACCAGCAACCACAACAAUCGCCGACAUCGCAGCAGCAACAGAUGAUGUACCAAGGCCAUCCCCACUCGCAGUCGCCACCGUUACAAGACCCGCGGAUGCAGCAGCAGCAGGCACAGCAGCAUCACCAACAGCAGGCACAGCAACAGGCACAGCAGCAGGCACAGCAGCAGGCACAGCAGGCACAUCACCAACAGCAACAGCAGCAACAAUAUGCCCAGCUACAACAGCAUCAGCAGAGACAGCUCAUGAUGCAGCGUGCCCAGCAGCAACAGCAACAGCAGCAACAACAGCAUCUCCAACAGCAAGGGCAUAUGGUGGGACAGAUGGGAAUAGCGACAAGUAUGGGGAUGAGCGUGAGCGUGAGCGGUCCGGGCAUGAACGGAAUGCAGACGAGCAUGGCUCCGCAGCAGAUCAUGAACCCGGGGAUGAUGGGAGGUCCGGCGCCGGGGAUGGUGAUGGCUGGAGGCGGCAUGGGAUACCCGGGGAUGGCGACACACGUACCGAAUGCUGGGCCGAUGGGGCAAAUGGCUCCAAUGAACAGCAUGGGGCCGAUGGGGCACAUGGCGAUGGGGAACAUGGCGAUGGGCAUGGGCGGAAUGCCGCCGGGCGCGGGAUUCGCAGACAUGAACCAAGGCAUGUGGAAUCCGGGAUGGCAGGGCGGCGGCGGGCCGUAGGAUGGAUAUUUUUAUUGCUUUUUCGUUACCUUUUUCUUUCAGCGUUGAUUGGACCUGGAUCGACCGU